AUUAUUGUCGAAAAGCUGACAAAUUUUAGAUAAAAGUUUAGAUUACAAGCUUCACAUAUUAUACGCAGGUUUUUAUAACAAUUUAAGUUCAUAUUGAACAUUCAUGGAUCGAGCUGGCUCGCAAGAACUUUCGGAAAAUAGUUUCGAUAUGGACGACGAUUCUGAUUACGCGAUGAUGAAGCGAAUUAAAUUGGAACCGGAAGCAAUAUUAGCACAAGAAGAUGAUUUAAUGGUCCAGUUACAACAAGAGAAUUCAGAUUUGGAAGUGGAACCAAGCUUCAAUUUAGAUGGAGCGACAAACGGAGAUGAGAAUGAUGGUAUCCUCAUGCAGCACAUGGACAUCAGGGAACCACUAUCAAAGCUCAGAAAUCUCUUGGAGGAGAGAUUAGGCGUUGAAUUGAGUGAUUUCACUUUUUGGUUGCAAGAUUCUCAUGUGCUGGAGUGUCACAAAAACUUGGUGGAUCAGUGUAUUCAAGGAGAGGGCUUAGUGCAAGUCAACGUCCAAAUUCAAUUUCAACAACGUCGCAUGAAUAUCGUCGAUGUCUUAAAACCAGCCGACGAUUAUGUAGAAGUGGAAGAUAAUAGUCCAACUAACACACCUGGACCUGAUAUGAAAAGUAACGUCAUCAAGUGGAUGGUUGAUCCUCAAUACAAAAGAGAACAGGAGCGCUUAAAAAUCCCCCAAGAUCCGAAAGAAUGGACGCAGACGCACGUGAAACAUUGGCUUCAGUGGGCAGUGAGACAAUUUAAUUUAGUUUCACUGAAACUUGCCGAUUGGAAUAUAACUGGUGCGCAACUUUGCAAUCUUUCAUUCGAGGAAUUUAAAUCCAAAGUACCUAUAGAUCCAGGAGAAGUAUUCUGGACGCAUUUAGAAUUAUUGAGAAAGUGCAAAUUCGUUGCUAUAGUUCAAAAGGAGCCUCCAUCGUCGCCCGAGGCAAAUUUGGAAUUAACACCGAAAGUGAGAACCCAAAAAUCCUCGAAAUCGAGAACUUUUAUGAAUCCCGUGCCCCGCGUUUACAACAAUAGACUUGUCGAGCCCGUGACGGCUAUGGAUCAGGCACACAUUGCUCUGGCAACCUCGAGCCGGAGUGUUAACAGUGGCCAGAUACAGUUGUGGCAAUUUUUGCUCGAACUUCUGACCGAUCGAGAACACGUGGGCGUGAUACACUGGGUCGGAACUGACGGCGAAUUCAAACUGAAUAGUCCGGAAACGGUGGCGCAACUCUGGGGCAAAAGGAAGAACAAGCCGACCAUGAAUUACGAGAAAUUGAGCCGAGCCCUUCGUUAUUAUUAUGAUGGCGAUAUGAUUUCCAAGGUUCAUGGGAAAAGGUUUGUUUAUAAAUUUGUCUGCGACCUCAAGGACCUGCUGGGCUACUCUGCCGAAGAUUUGAGCAAACUUGUCAGUGAAGGCACUGGUGGAUAUUAUUCGGAUAAAUAUCAAUAGUGUCCAAGUCUUUUAUCUCUUUUCUUGUAAAAUCGACAGAGUGGGGCGAAACGAGAUAUUGGGAUUUGAAAACAAAACAAAAAAUAUUCCAGAGUUUGUAUUUCGUCCAUUGGUGAAUUUUAGUAUCGGUUUGCUCAGGCAGUAGCGCUUCGGAUUCGUUAACAGAAAGUUGUGUGUUCGAAUCUCGUGGUUUGCACUUUUUUUUUUAACUCAUUUUACUUUU